CCGAUUGUAACUCUACGUACUUUGAGAGUUGUUUACAUUUUGCUAUCUACGAACUACGACAAAAGUAUAAGUGUCAAACUGAUUGACAUUUUGACAAACCUUUUAAAAGAAUCUUGGAUGUUAUUCUCAUUUUUGUGCUGUCCCGUUCGGCAAGUUUUUUUCACCAGUUCACCAUGUUCCCCACACGCGACAUUAGAAAUCCUUAUAGCGUAUUGAUAGAAGACGUAGUGAAGUUACACCUGGCUGCCUUAGGAGAAAGAGAGUUGAAAGAUGCACUCGAACGUUUUCGCGAUCAAAUUCAAUCUAAUCGCGUAAUGAGCUACAUUAAAGACAUCAACUCGCUUGUCUCUAUUUUGGAAGCCAGAAAUGUGUUAAAUCCUCAAAAUGUAGAUGCCCUACUUGAAAUUUCCAAGAUUGUUGAUCGUCCCUUGGCUGCUAGAAGAAUCGAAGAUUACAAAAAACACAGAGAGAUUGUUAUCCAUCCCCCUUCACCAGUAUUGCCUGCAAAACAAGAAAUUAAAAUGACUCGUCAAGAUUCCAGAGACAAGUUGACAGAAAAGGUUUUUACGGAAGUAGCUAAACGCCUUGGCCGAGAUGUAUUGACUUUUGCGCGAGCCCUUCCCUUUGACUUCAGCGAAAACGAGCUACAGACUUUGAAAAGCCAACAACAAGGGGAUUUGCAAGAAACUACUAUGCAGGUACUGAGGCUUUUUCGACAAAGGAACCCUGACGUUGAUCACAUCCAGACCAUAAUGCAAGCCUUGAAUACCAUUAAAAGGAGUGAAAUUCGUAGAAAAAUUGAACCUAUUGUUUCCCCUGCUGAUCCGAGAUGUUAAUAGUUGGUUAGACACGUUAAUAGAGUGCGAGAUAUA